AUGGUUGAGGCAACACUUACGUUCUGUUGCGGUCCUGACUGUGGCAAGGAAACCACUUCCACCUUGAAGUGUCCGACCUGUCUCAAGGAAGGCCUCAACAUGGUCUUCUGCGAUCAGUCUUGUUUCCGCCGCAACUGGGCUCAGCACAAAAACAUACACAAGAAGCCAGACGCUGAUAGCUAUGAUCCAUUUCCCAAGUUCAGCUAUGCUGGUAACGUUAAGCCAGCCUAUCCGUUGACGCCACGUAGAGAGGUUCCUGCUCAUAUUCCAAGACCAGACUACGCGCAGAAUGGUAAGCCCGUUACCGAGAUCAAGAACGACAGAACUGGCAAGAUAAAGGUUCUGGACGAAAAAGAGAUCAAAGCACUUCGGGUAGUGUGUGCUUUGGCAAGAGAAGUCAUAGAUAUUGCCGCUGCGGCUGUUAAGCCUGGUGUGACUACCGAUGAGAUAGACGAGAUUGUCCACAACGAAACAAUAAAGAGAAACGCUUAUCCUUCGCCUUUGAAUUACUGGAACUAUCCUAAGUCGGUGUGUACUUCGGUGAAUGAAGUUAUUUGCCAUGGUAUUCCAGACAAGCGCCCUUUGCAAGACGGUGAUAUUGUUAACCUGGAUGUGACUCUCUACAAGAACGGGUUCCAUGCAGAUCUGAAUGAAACUUACUAUGUUGGAGAAAAGGCUACUGCUAACAAGGAUCUUGUCAAUCUCGUUGAAACAACGAGAGAGUCGCUAGAGCUCGCGAUCUCCAGUGUAAAGCCUGGUCUUGCUAUAAGACAACUCGGCGAGAUUAUCGAAGCACAUGCGAAGAAGAACAAUGUCUCGGUGGUGAGAUCCUACUGCGGCCAUGGUAUCAAUACGCUUUUCCAUUGUCAACCGGAUAUUCCUCAUUACGCGAAAAACAAGGCCGUGGGAGUUUGUAAGCCAGGUAUCGUUUUCACCAUUGAACCUAUGUUGAACAUGGGUACCUACAGAGAUAACUUGUGGCCAGAUAACUGGACCUCUACUACUGCAGAUGGUUUGCCAAGUGCUCAGUUCGAACACACUUUGCUGGUGACUGAGGAUGGUGUUGAGGUGUUGACCAGUAGGAACAAGAAGUCGCCUGGUGGUCCAGUCAAGAGGAUUGCAUAA